UUAAAAUUACUAGUCUCAUUUUUGUCGUGACUUGUCGUCUGUCGCCGACUCCACGCCCCCACCCCCAUCCCCGGAGCCAUGCGCCCGAAGCGGGGGUUGCGGGCAGAGAGGAGACACCUUCUCGUCCUGGCUAAGGCUCCACGCCUGCUUCCCCACCCCGGGCUUCCGUCCCUCCCUUCCUCCCUCGCUCCCUGGCAGGGAAGGGAGGCCCCUUCUGCGCUGCCCCGCGGCGCCAGGGAGAGGAGGGCACGGGAGGGGAGGGGGCUCCUCAUCUUUCAGAAGAGCCGCAAUGAGGAGCUUCGAACUGUAGAAGGAAAGUAGGUCGCACCCACUGAAAAUGCCUCUAAGGGACAAGUGCUGUCAGACUGACCACCAUCAUCAUGGAUGCUGUGAACCAGUGUAUAUUCUGGAACCUGGAGAUCCUCCUUUGUUACAGCAACCACUGCAGACUUCCAAAUCUGGCAUUCAACAAAUUAUUGAAUGCUUUCGAUCAGGAACUAAACAACUAAAACACAUUUUAUUAAGAGAUGUGGACACAAUUUUUGAGUGUAAAUUAUGUCGCAGUCUCUUCAGAGGAUUACCAAAUUUAAUUACUCAUAAAAAAUUCUACUGCCCUCCAAGUCUCCAGAUGGAUGACAACCUUCCUGAUGUAAAUGAUAAACAAAGCCAAGCCAUAAAUGAUCUUCUAGAAGCCAUUUAUCCAAGUGUGGACAAGCGAGAAUAUAUUAUUAGGCUAGAACCCAUAGAAACUAAUCAGAAUGCAGUGUUUCAGUAUAUUUCAAGGACUAAUAAUCCAGCUGAGGUCACUGAGUCAAGUAAUUCUCCUGAUCAAACUCAAGUUCAGAUGCAAGAACCUAACAUUGAACAGUCCAAAACAACUCCAGUUCCAGAUACAGAAGUAGAAAUUGUAGAGCCCCCGCCUGCAGAAACAGUUGUGAAUGAAGCAACACCAACUUCUGAUGAACAGCCUCAGGAAUCACAUACUGACUUGGAAACUUCUGAUAAUUCUGAUUUUGGCCACCAGUUGAUUUGUUGUCUUUGUAGAAAAGAAUUCAAUUCCAGACGCGGUGUUCGUCGGCACAUUAGAAAAGUACACAAAAAAAAGAUGGAAGAACUAAAGAAGUAUAUUGAAACACGAAAGAAUCCGAACCAGUCUUCUACUAAAGGACGCAGUAAGAAUGUUCUAGUAACAUUGAGUAGGAGUUGUCCAGUAUGUUAUAAAUCAUUUGCUACAAAAGCGAAUGUAAGGAGGCAUUUUGAUGAAGUUCAUAGAGGACUGAGGAGGGAUUCAAUUACUCCUGAUAUAGCUACAAAGCCUGGGCAGCCUUUGUUCCUGGAUACUGUUUCUCCUAAAAAAUCUUUUAAGACUCGGAAACAAAAGUCUUCUUCAAAGGCUGAAUACAAUUUAACUGCAUGCAAAUGCCUUCUUUGCAAGAGGAAAUAUAGUUCACAAAUAAUGCUUAAAAGACAUAUGCAAAUUGUCCACAAGAUAACUCUUUCUGGAACAAACUCUAAAAGAGAGAAAGGCCCUAAUAAUACUGCCAACAGCACAGAAAUAAAAGUAAAAGUUGAACCAUCAGACUCCGUAGAAUCUUCACCCCCUUCUAUUACCCAUUCUCCACAGAAUGAAUUAAAGGGAACAAAUCAUUCAAAUGAGAAAAAGAACACACCGGCAGCACAGAAAAAUAAAGUUAAGCAAGACUCGGACAGCCCUAAAUCAACGAGCCCUUCUGCUGCAGGUGGCCAGCAAAAAACCAGGAAACCAAAACUUUCAGCUGGCUUUGACUUCAAGCAGCUUUACUGUAAACUUUGUAAACGCCAAUUUACUUCCAAACAGAACUUGACUAAACACAUUGAGUUGCACACAGAUGGAAAUAACAUUUAUGUUAAAUUUUAUAAGUGUCCACUUUGCACUUAUGAAACGCGUCGGAAACGUGAUGUGAUAAGGCACAUAACUGUGGUUCACAAAAAAUCAUCACGUUAUCUUGGGAAAAUCACAGCCAGUUUAGAGAUCAGAGCUAUAAAAAAGCCCAUUGAUUUUGUUCUAAAUAAAGUGGCAAAAAGAGGCCCUCCAAGGGACGAAGCGAAGCAAAACGAUUCAAAACAUGAUGGAACUUCUAAUUCUCCCAACAAAAAGUAUGAAGUAGCUGAUGUUGGCAUUGAAGUAAAAGUCACAAAAAACUUUUCUCUUCACAGAUGCAAUAAGUGUGGAAAGGCAUUUGCAAAAAAGACUUACCUUGAACAUCAUAAGAAAACUCAUAAGGCAAAUGCUUCUAAUUCACCUGAAGGAAAUAAAACCAAAGGCCGAAGUACAAGAUCUAAGGCUCUUGUCUGGUGAGGAACAGUUACAGAGUUUUGCUUCCCCCUUACCCCCCUUUCAAACUAAAAAGAUAUCAUUUGGCCAUAAUUUAUAGCAGGUUCCAUUUUAACAGCUAACAUGCCACAUAUCUGAUGGCAGUGGGAACUGAGGAGAAAUGUACAUAUUGCAUUUACUUCAGUGACCUUUAUUCCACUGACUUGGGAACAAAAGUUAACUUCAGAGCUUAUCUUCUACAGGACAAUGCAACAUAGCUAUAGGUAGCAUGGAGCCAGUGCUAUUCUUUUAAUAUUGUAAAAAUAUGUGCAUUUAUAUUGGCUUAUGUUUAUAGUAGAAGUCCUCUGUUUUACUAACUUUGCACAGAUUUGAUUCAGCAACUUAGUCUACUAAUGAACUUUAUGCAGGAAAGUUACAGAGAUAAUAGAAUGAAGAUUUGUGAAGGCUAUAAUUAUAGGAAAAAUCUUUUAAGGCACUGUAAUUAUUGUAAAAUUGAUUUGUGAUGGCUAAAUAAAGUGCUACACAGAAAAAUCUCUAAAUUAAUUUAGAAUAAUUAGCAGUAAUGAAACCUUUAUUAAUUACUUUUAACAUAGUGUUUCAAGGCAAGGGGAAAACUUAGUAAACAAAAUUUGGAAUUUGUUUUCUUGUAAGGUUUUUUGGUUAACUGUUUUUUAGUUUUGUGCUGUGGAAAAAAAAUGAUAAUUUAGUUAGUCCCACAAUGUUUUAUUUUUCCCCCUUUUGUUCAAAUAAACUUUUUGGUGAUUAUUUCAACUUAAUUAAUAAUUUUACCUCAAGGGUUUUUUGUUUUACUUCAUUUUUAUAUGUGUAGUAGGAAGUAGGUUAACAGCCCUAAUAGGGAAGAAAAGAGACAUUUUAAAUACUACAUUUUAAGAAUUUUACAUUUUGGAAUAAACGUUUUAAAAUGCAGUAUAAAAUACAAAAUAAAUUACCCAUCCUCUACUUGUUUUAGCAAGUACAUGCAUUUUAAAGAAUUUAUCAUUGAGUACCCCGGGGCAGGGGUGGGAGGCAGCUAGGUGGUGCAGUGGAUAAAGCACUGGCCCUGGAUUCAGGAGGACCUGAGUGCAAAUGCGGCCUCAGACACUUGACACUAGCUGUAUGACCCUGGGCAAGUCAUUUAACCCUCAUUGCCCUGUCCCCCCCCCAAAAAAAACCAAAACAAUAUUUGAGUACCCCCUGAAUUGAGGCCUCUGAUGAAUAUUAAUUUUUGGAUUCAGCUUCUAAAGCAGCUAACUUAGUUUGAUUAUUGAGUAGCUUAAACUGUAUGUACAAGCUUAAAGUCACAAACCUUUCCUUCUAUUUAUGUGGAAAACUUUAAAUGAAAUUAUCAUUUAUUAUUCAUUUUUACUAUUGUAUAACUUUAAGAUUUUAUUGGCAAACUCAAAGGUGUUAAUUUAUUCCCAUUUCUCCUCAGAUAACUUCAAGUGAUGUACGGAAAGGUUUGGAGUUCAUUUGUGUGGAAAGACUUUAAAUUGGUGUUAGAACCACUAACGUCUUCAAAUGGUACUAUAAAGAAAAAAAGAAAAAUAUUUUCAUAAAUAUUCAACUGUUACUGCUGUUUUCUUACUAAAUUAAUAACCAUCUGACUACGUUUCUAAGGCCAUUGCCUCUUCCAACACUUUCAAGUAGCUGUGAAGUUAACCUUAUUCUACCUACAUCAUAGUUUGUCUUACCUUGUGUGUUUGGUCUACAGGCUCAUCCUACUGUAUUUAAAAACGAGAAAAUGCAAAAUAUGUUUUCCCUUAAAGACCAGAAGCUUUAGGCAGUCAACAACCUGAGGGAAUAUCUCUGCUGAUGGUAUUAUUUGACAAGAAGUUCUAUCAGUUUCAUUUUAUUUGGCAAGAUUUUCAUCCAGGUUAUGUGCAUGAUUUCAGAAAUUUUCUCCAGUUGAAUGUAUGCUAAGAACAGUCUAUUAAAACACAGGAACUCAAGUCAGCUGAAUAUUAGUACUCGUCCUCACAUCAGUUCAUCUCCAACUGAUUUUCUUGUGUAAUGAAAGUUUCAUUGUACUAAAAAUAGUAUAGAGAAAGUUCUAGUUCAUUUUCAUGCAUGGUUCAUAGUAACACCUUUAAUUUGUAAAAAUCUGAGGUUUUUAUGGAAAUCAAACAUUCCCCUAUUUUUUCUUUAAAUUUUAUACACAAGCACUUUAAUGAUAGAUGCAACUUAAUUUUUCAGUUUCUAUUUUUUUAAAUGGGCAACACAUUUACUAAUGUUAAUAUGAAGGUAGUAAAUAUCUUACUGAUAUUUUAUAUUUACAGACAAUCCAUGCACAACCACUUCUUAUGAUGUUAGUUUUGUUUCUUUAAAUAUUGCUACAUAGGGAGGAAGGAAAGAGAAACCAAGAAAACUUUUUUCUCUCAAGAAAAUUUUAAGUGACCUCUUUAGAUAACAUUUGAUUUUUGCUAUAAAAUUUGCAAAAUAAUGAAUUCUUUUCCAAUGAAUUCUUUUCCAAUUUAUAAUAAAUCAAGAUUUUAGGGAAAAAAAGGCAAACCUAUCAUUACAAAUUUCUUGAUAGGUUUCUGUGUACCAACAUUUUGUACUUUUUAGGAAAAACCAUUUUGCUUUUUAGAAAUUUGUGUUAAAAUUAUCCUAAUUUCAAAACGUUCAAGAGAAAAUAUACCAUGUUUUUAUAAUAGGUUCAUACCUGUAAUUAGGAGGGACUCUGUUUCCAUUACUUUUUGUAUAAAAUCUAAAAAUGUUGAAGAUCAUAAGGUCAUAAGAAUUAAAUGCUUCUAUAGAUAGAAAAACAUUUAGCCUUCCUAGUGCUUUGCACUAAAAUAUACUGUGAAAGGAAACUAGAAAGACUGUAACUGUUGCUGGAAAUGUUCUAUAUUGAAUGUACAUUCUUUUGUUUGGACAAAUGUACUGUAUGUGAUGGAAAUAAACCAGACUCGAAGUCACUUCAGCUAAAUGUGCUUCAACAAAGGUGCAUUGGUUGAACCAUAAA